AUGGCUUCCACCUCCUUCUACCAGGCCACCGUGCCCACCUUCAAGGGCAUCGCCAACAGCGCUGUUGGCUUCCUCACAGCAGCCAAGGAAGAGCAGGCAAAGAACAGCUCGCUGCCCUCCGACCAGGACCUUCUCAACGCCCAGCUCGGCGACAUGCUUCCCCUCCGCAUGCAACCCAUCCUCGUCGGCAAGUUCCCACUCGAUGGCCUCACCACCCUGAAGCUCAACGGAUCGGCCGCACCCCCUAACCUGGACCCCUCAUCAUUCUCGUCCCUCGACGACGUCAUCAACUUCUUCAAGCAGUUUGCCGCUGUCUUUGACGCCGUUGACGAGAAGACUUACAACGAGAGCGCUGGAAAGAGCUUCGAUGUAACCGUUGCGGGCAAGACUAUGACUAUGUCUAACUUGGCUGAAUACUAUAACAGCUUCGUCAUUCCCAACAGCUACUUCCACCUCAACGCCAUGUACAUGCUAUUGAGGAGCAAGGGAUUCACUCUUGGCAAGGGCAUCUACGUCAAGCCUUUCUUCACCGAGCAGGCAAAGAAGGACUGGGCCCCGUUGAUGGGUUAG